UUAUUAUAUAAAAGUGAAAAGUGGAAGAUUUAAGCUCAACGUGUCUUGCAGUGGCCACUCCGGCCACUGUCCACCUGGCACUCCGGCAGUUGGCGCUUAGCAGUUGGCAGUUUGGCACAUCCAAAGUUGCAUUGUAUUUAGUAUUUACCAGUAUAUAUAUUUAUAUUAUUGUUUUUACUUACCAAUUGUUGAUAAUGUCUGACUUUGAUUCUGUAAUAACAUUGCUUAAAAAAUAUGAUCAAGAACAUAUUUUUAAAUUUUGGAACAAACUCGAUGAAAAAGAAAAAGCCUUUCUGUUGGAAGACGUCUGUGAACUGAACAUUCCUGAAGUUGUUGAAAUGUUUAAAAAUACUGUAGAAAAUAUGAAUGUCAAUCAACAAAAAUUGGAUAAUAGAAUGAGCCCUAUACCCGCUGAACUUUAUGGUGCUGUGAACCGCAGUCCAAAAGAACUUUUGACUAAAUAUGAGCAGAUUGGACUUGAGCAGAUAUCCCAAGGUAAAGUCGGAGUGUUGUUAAUGGCUGGAGGGCAAGGUACAAGGCUUGGAGUUAACUACCCUAAAGGUAUGUAUGACGUCGGUUUACCAUCUCAUAAAUCGUUAUUCCGUAUUCAAGGAGAACGUAUUCGCUGUCUGAUUAGGCUAGCAAAUAAAAAUUUUGGAAGCAGUAAAGGUUUACCUUGGUUUAUAAUGACUAGUGAACACACUAUGGAACCUACUAAGAAAUACUUUAAGGAAAAUAAUUAUUUUGGCCUAGAUGAAAAAAAAGUUAUAUUUUUUGAACAAUAUAUGUUGCCAGCAUUUACAUUUGAUGGGAAAAUUAUUAUGGAAGGUAUAAAUAAAAUUUCUAAAUCUCCAGAUGGUAAUGGUGGUAUAUAUAAAGCUUUACGUGAUCGUAAUAUACUGGAUGAAAUUAAUAGGCUAGGUGUUGAAUACCUCCAUGCUCAUAGUGUAGAUAAUAUAUUAGUUAAAGUAGCAGAUCCAAUAUUUAUUGGGUAUUGCAUAACAAAGAAUGCUGAAUGUGGGGCAAAAGUUGUUGAAAAAGCAUAUCCCUCUGAGCCACUAGGUGUUGUAUGUGAGGUUGACGGAAAAUUUCAAGUUGUUGAGUAUAGUGAAAUCACUGAAAAUACAGCUGAAAAAAGAAAUCCAGAUGGCCGCUUAACUUUUAGUGCUGGUAAUAUUUGUAACCAUUUUUUUACAACAGAUUUUUUAAAUGAUGUUGCUUACAAAUAUAAUAGUAAAUUAAAAUUGCAUGUUGCUAAAAAAAAAAUACCUUAUAUAAAUGAUGAUGGCACUGUAUGCAAACCUGAAGAACCAAAUGGUAUCAAAAUGGAGAAAUUUAUUUUCGAUGUUUUUGAAUUUUGUAAUCGUCUUGCUGUUUGGGAAGUAGAAAGAGAUGAAGAAUUUAGUGCUUUAAAGAAUGCAGAUGUGCCUAAUGGCAAAGAUAACCCUAAAACUGCUCGCUUGGAUGUCUUUUCACUUCAUAGAAAAUUUGUUGAAAAAUCUGGAGGAAAAUUUAAAACAGAAAACAUUGAAUGUGAGAUUUCACCUCUUUUAUCUUAUGCUGGUGAAAAUCUUAAGCUCUUAGUUGAUGGUAAAAUGUUUGAUUCUGUAUUAGAAUUAAAAUCUGUUGAAGAAGUAUCUAAUAAUAAAAAUUAAAUUUUUGUUUUAUUUGUACCGUAUGACAACUAUAGUGGAUAUUCCUAAUUAAAUGUACUUUGUUAUGAAUUUCAAAGAUUAGGUAUCAAUUUUCUAAAUUUAUGAUUGAAAAUGAUUUUUUAAAUAUCUAACAAAGUGUUUUAUACAAAAAUUGCCUACAUUUUAUAAUUUGUUUUAAGUUAUAUAAGUUUUCAUAUUAAUAAUUAUCAUUAUAUUGUGAUAAAAAUGUUAAAUACUCUUUAUUAUAUUAAUAUAUUCAUUAAUUCUUGUAUUUAUGAACUGUUUUUGUAUUGUUAAAUUACUAAAAUUAUAUAUGAUUUUUUGAAUUGCAUAAUAUAUUUUUUAACAUUUUAAUAUUAAAAACAAUUGUACAUUAGUUAUGAGUUUGUACUUAACAAUUUUAAUACUUUCAAUACUUUUUUACUUUAUAAAUAUUUUAUCUAUAACCUAGAUUAUUGUUACUUUAUUAUAUUAUUAGUGUAUAGAUUUUUUUAUAUUUACAAAUAAUAUUGUUAUGUAACCCUGACGGAAAGUGCAAUUGGUUAAAUUUUAAAAUAUAUACUACUUGUUAUUUUAACAGGACUACCUUUGUAACCAAUAGACUAACCAAUACAAAUAUUGUACAUAAUACAAAAUAUUUGUUAAAACUUAAGUGUAUAAUACACUUAUUGUAGAGUGAUCAGAAAUGAAAACUAGCUCACAUCAAAUGACUUUUAAUUUAGUUAAAUUUUAAAAUAAUUGUUUCAACCCCUCAAACCCCUAAAGAAAAGUAAAAGUAAAAAAACUUUUAUAAAUUGAAGAAAUAUUUAAUUUCUUUAAAUUGUAUUAAGUAAUUUGUGUAGAAUUAUGUAAAGUAUUUUACAUAAUAACUGUCAUAUCAAACCUAGAAAGUUUGGUAUAAAACUUGUUUUACUCUAAAUUACUUUCUAUAUUAUCACAGUAAAUAUUUUAACAUUUAAUCUAAAGAAUGAAUAAUUUAUACAUACUAUAAUUUUGAUAAUUAUUACAUACAAUUUUUUUAUUCAAAUGAUGAACUGCCUAAUCAGUACCCAAGCCUAAUAAUCUAAUAUAACUUAUGAGUUAUGAUUAUUUCCUUCUUUGUUAUUACAAUAUUUAUGUUGUCUAUUUAAUUACUCAACUGAAUAGAGUUAUUAAUAAAUACUAAAGAAGAUAAUGUAUUAAAGUUAACUAAUAGACUCUUGAUUAUUCAAUUAACUUAUUAAUGUACAAACUAAAAGGUUGGCAAAAAAAAAAAAUUAUAAAUUUAUUGAGUAAUAAAUAAUAAUUAUCCAUAUUAUUUUCUUCAUUUUUCUUAAAUGACCAAUGUUAGUUUAUAACUUAUCAUAACAAAUUUAAUAUAAUUAAGAUUUGUGUUAAGCAUGUAAAAUUUUAAAUUAAAUUAAUUUUAAUUAAAACAGAAACUAUGCCUUGAUGCCCUAAAACCAAUAAUAUAUUAUUUACCUUUCACUACACAAUUUAAGUGAAUGUAUACCUAUAAAUUUAAAGGUUAACUUUUACUUUUAAUAUCAUUUUUAACAUAAACGAAAGUAGGUAACUGCUCUAUAGUAUUAGUUGAAUAUAUCUUGUAGUUAAGUAAGUCACUAUAAUAUAUAUCAAGGGUGGCAAACCUUUUGAACACAUGGUCCCAAAAAUUACCUUUUUUUUCAAGCUUGCCAUGAAAAAUAUUAUAUAUAUAUAUAUAUUCAAUAUUGUAAAAAAAAUUAUUGUAAUUUUAUUGUAUGAUUAAUGUAUUAAUAUAAAAAAAGUGGGCAAGUGGGUAUCGCUCUGCUGUAUAGUAGGGAUGGAGAGUAGGUCACUGGUCACUAUAAUGGAUGUGUUAAAUUUGAAUGCAAUGACGGAUAUCAUUGCAUACGAAGAACGAGUCUGAACGGAGAUGAUUUAUCAGUCAAUGAUAAUUAGUUGAAUAUAUUAUAUUAUUACCUAUAUUUAAAUUGUAAUAUAUCGUUACUUUACGCGAUUUCGUAAAAAAAUUAAAUUUCAUACGCUUAUAAAAUGUUUUCUAUAUUGA